CAUCCAAGAAACAUAUGCAGAUUAUUAUAGUCCUUCUCGGUAGAAUGCCGAAUGUACGUACAGCCCACUUUCUCAUGUCUAAUUUGCGGACUUCAGGAGACUUUUCUUGUAUGAAGAUGUUGGGUGAACAAGUGAUGUACCCAUCUCAGAAGGAAUACGUCAACAUAGAAUAUGAAGAUAGACUAAGCAGCUUAACAGAAGAUCUUCGCAAGCGUAUUAUGUGUGUGCUCCCUAUACAAUAUUCAGUAAGAACUUGCAGAUUGUCCAAAAAGUUGAGAUACACCUAUGAGUCUCUUCCUACUCUUUUAUUCGAUUCCUUCCAAUUUGCUACCGCUGAAAGUGGACCUGACAGUUUUGUGGAAUUCAUAGACCAGAUGUUAUUGCAUCAUGAUGAUUCAGAUAUAGCAGCCAUCAAAUUAAAAUUAUGUAGAGGAGGAGCACUCAUAAUCUUAAAGGCCGAAUGGAUUGAUUUCGCUUUGAAGCGUAAUGUUGAAGACCUUGUUGUUGAAGGUCUUUUUUUGGGAACAAAGAGGGUUUGGCUUGUGUCUUUUCAUCCAGAAAAUUGAGAAGAUUUUCUUUUUCCAUGGAAUGCUAUAGUCUCACAUUGCGCUCAUCCAUUUAUCAUCCCAGUCUUAAAGAGUUGUGUCUGGGCGGUGUCAUUUUUUACCGGUGAGGAGGAUUUGUCAGGGGAGUUAUUCUCAUCGUGUCCAGUUUUGGAAUCUGUGCAAUUGUGGAAUUGCAAUCUGUCUUUUUUGAAGGUUUUGAAUGUUUUUGCUUUCAUACUCAAACACCUUGAAAUAGACAAUUGUGGCGAGCUCGAAAACAUUGAGAUCAAUCUCCUUAUGCCAAGUUUUACAUCAAUUAUAUGCAGAGGAAAUCUUGCGCAAAACUAUCAAAUUAGGGACAGCCCUUUUUUUCAUUAUGCAGAUAUUCAAGUUGGAGAAGUUUACAGAGAUAAGAUGAGUAUAAAUAUUUUUAGCCGCGUUGCGUUGAAGUUGCUUACUGAACUCCAGAAUGUUAAUGUACUGGCUGUGAUAAUUUGUUUUGGGAGGUAUAUGCUUUGUCCA